AUGGAUGACGACGUGGAGGUCGAAGAUUUCGAGAUCACCGACCGCGACCUAAUGGAGGGUUUCGGUUUGGGAUUUAGAAGACAUAGAAUGACAAGAGAAGAAGCGAUUUAUGGAAUGUGGGCUGAGAGAGACUCAGAUGAUGACGAAGGACCUCGUGGAUACUCGAAGAAAAGAAGGAAAGAUUACACCAAGCCACUGAAUUUUGUGAGUGGUGGGAUUGUUCAGAAAGGAAAAGAUAAGGACUUGGACGAUGAUGGUACGAAUUUAGUUAGCGUAUUUUUAUUGUAUACUUAUAAAAACCUCUUAAAAAUACUGUUAAUUAUCUUGGCAAGAUUUCUGUAUAACCCUAUACAUAUAUUAUGCAUGCAACAAUUUCACAAAUAGUUUUGGAACAUGAAUACAGUCAUGUAACCUGUAUGGGGUUAUAUGGAAAUCUUACCAUUAUCUUCACCAAGCAAGACUGAUACAACAAUAACAACUUUACAGACUUGCCAACCUCCAAAAGGCAAAAAAUGUGAGAUUCUGAAGUUUGAGCUGGAAAAAGUAGUGAGAAAUGGGUAAAAAGUCCUGAGAUGUUCCAAAUUUCCUAGUCUAAUGACUUUCUGUGGGGAUUAUGGGUGUUGGAAGUCACAUAUCACUUUAAAGCUGUAGCAGUAAAUAUCACUAUGAAAUUUAUGAUUUAGGUUUUGUAAUUUCUUGCUUAAACUUGACACGCAAUUUGCAACAUUUUUAAAAAUACAUACAACAGGGACCAAACAUUUGUAAAGGCAAAAGUCAGGAUUAGUGAAGGUUCAAGGUCAUUUUUAGAGGAGAAACUUGUACUGCACUGCAGCAGAAGAAUUACAAGACAUUUGUGCUUGUUUGUUUACUUUUUAUCAAUGGUAAUUUUUAGCUGGGGGCUGAUGGCUAAAAUUUUUUUUAAAAAAAAAAGCACAGAAUGAGGUGGGAAUUUUGUUUGCUGUUCAAACUUACCUGUUAAAUGGGUGGAUAUGUUUCGAAAGCACAAAUUUUGUUUCAUCAAAAAAGAAAGUGGGGCUUGCAAAAGCCAUUUGUUGCAGUCCGCAGCUGGUACUUUGUGAUCCUCCAUACCAGAGUACGGUCUGUUUGAUGAAUUUGUUUCUUGUGAGAUCAGUCAAGUGACAAGCUCAUUAUAUUUCUCGACUUGACUCUUGAUUCGCGAAACUUGAGAAUCGAUUCUCAAGCCUCGAGACUUGAUUCUUGAAAGUUUUGAGAUUCAAGAACGUAGUCUUGAGAAUCAAGAUGCGAGUGACUGUCAACUUACUUUUGCGGGGUAUUGUAUGUUGCUCCUUUAUCCUGCUUGUUUCAUCUCAUUUUCGCUUACAGAACUUUGUAUAUUAUAUGCUCUCUUUAUGAUUAAAAUUUGGGGCCACAUUACCAUUUUGGGCGACUUAACUAAAAUUUUGGCCAACACACAGGUAACUCUGGUUUUGGGUGACAUAACUUCGGGCGAGAUAUUACAAUUAUGCUGAUAAACAAAAAUUUAUUUGCAGUAAAAGAGAGAGGAGUACAGGCUUCCCCAAGUAAUCAUACAUAAGGGCUACAGAAAAAGUGCAGCCAUAUAUACUUAGGUGAUUAAUUUAUAACUAUUAGGUCAGAUACAAUAUUGCCUGACCACUGACCACUAUUGUCAAUCGUUGUAUUGAUAAUGUAAUAAAUGGAGAGGUAUUACAGUGUGCAAAGAAAGAAGUGUCUGAUAGCCUGGGGCUAGUGGAUUUUUGCUAUUGGGCUAGUGAAUUCUCUUAUUAACUUGCCCGAUGGGCAAGUGAAUUUUUUUGAGGAAUUCAAAUUACAGAAGAACUGUGAAAUCAAUCUGCUCAUUAAAACGUUUUUGGGGUUAGCUGAAAUGAUAUUUGGGCUAGUAAAUAUUAGCUUCAGCUCGCCCGAAUGGCAAGCUAUAAAAAUGACUUUCUUUGCACCCUGGGUAUUAGCUCUUUCUCACAAUAACAACAUUGUUGGAAUUUUUUUUGUCAGAUACUGCAAGUGUUGGCAGCAGUGCAAGUGAGAGAGGUCCUGGAUCAGGGAGAAGUUCUCCUGUUGUGAAAGACAAAAAGCUGUUUAAAAGCACAGGUGUCAAGAAAGAUGUCAGCUCACUGGGUUAGUUUACAAUGAUUAGAUUUAAUUUUGUAAUACAGUAGAACAACGUUAACUCAAACUCUGAAGGGAAAUGAAAAACAGUUCUAGUUAGCAGGGAAUUUGAGUUAUCGCGGUAAAUUUCACUGAAAUUUGAUCAAAGGAAAAGAAAUUUAGUUUGAGUUAGUGGGAUUUCGAGUUAUCUGAGUUCGAGUUAUCGAGGUUCCACUGUAGUUAGUUAUUCAUUUAGUACUGUUGCAUCGAGAGUUGUGCAUGCCAGUAUACUUUACUACACUCAAGCAGUCUGAUCAAUGAUACACAUGUAGCAUGCAGAAAUGGGAGUGUUGUUCUUGAAAGUGGUCAGUUGUACUAGUUAACUUGUAAUCUAAUACUCUACAGUUGGAAUGGUAUUAUUGAAAUUUUUAACAACAAUAACAAUUUAUUAAGGUAGUUCCAAUGAGUUAUAUGGGCGCAGUGUUAGGGUUGAAAUUUUUGUUGUCUUGUCUGGAUUAGGCUUACCGGUACAUACAAAAUGUCUCAUUGCUUGCUUUAGUUAUUAGCUCCUUAGAGUAUAGACUGACAUCUUUCUUGUAGUAACUGCAUUGUAUUCAUUGUAUUCAUUCACCUGUUCUUGUCUUAGGUUAAAAGCAUAUUAAUUUUAUUGAUUGUUUACUCUUUAGGAUCACAAGUAUUUGCUAACAAAGUGCGCAAGGCUGGAAAGUAAGUUGUCUCUUAUAAUGCAGUAAAAUCCUUUUAAGUUACUAAUAUUGUGUAUAUGUUACAGGUCAAAAUUAAAUUCAGGUUAAACUCAUCGCUAAUGAUGAGCUUGGGAACUGGUGCCUUAAAGGUUAGUGGGGGGCCAAAUGCAAUAAGCAGAGAGGAGGUAUCCAUGGCAACCCUGGAAGCGGGAACCACCCCAGGAGCAGCCACUAACCGGCACCGUCACACUGAAUAAAUUCAGUGGAGAUACUUACCUAAGAGAACACUUACCUGAGAAAAUACUUACCAAACCACCAGGCAGGGAGGGAGGAGAGGGAGCAAGAAUCCGCAAUGAUUCGCAAGAAGGCAAACAUUGAUCCGCGACUAUCAGCAAGAAUCCGCACUGAUUUGCAAGAAGGCUAAGAAAUGAUCCGCUACAAUCAGCAAGCAAAGAUACAAUGCAAAGCAACACUAGCAACAGGGCACACAAGGAGCCAUGCAAUUCCCCGCGGGCCGCCCCGUAGGUCACAUACUGAAGUGGGAGAAGACUGCUGGCCAACUCGCUCGAGCUUAACUUUGCCUAAAUGAUAUUUAGCCACAUUUAAAUUUUUUUAACCUUGGUUGACUCUCAAUUUUCUUUGUCUCCUAGCUCUGAUUAUUCAUAUUGUAGGGUUUUGUAUAAUGAUUCUGUUUGGUCUUUUUAAUUUUCUCGGAAAGUAUUCUCUUAAUCAGUUUGCAUUGUCUACUUUCUUAUAUAUAUUUUUUUGUUUUUGUUUGUUUUAUUACAGGGACAUAGGUUCUUGGGAAAGACACACCAAAGGAUUUGGUAUGAAAAUGCUUCAACAGGUACAGGGCACUUGUUGCUACUUAUAGGAUAUUUUUUGAGUAACACCAAGUUUGAUUUUGAUCACAAUGUGCAUGAACACAGAUUACUGGCAGGGUUCAACGAAAAGCUGAAUCUGUGAAUGAUGUGCGUUGGACAAGAAGGUUAAUGAUGGUGUCUGAUGAUAACAGAGGUACUGUUGUGACCAACAACAAGUAUCUGUCUUUGAAGAGCAUCUAUCUUAUAGAGAGUCAAAAAUGAUGAAAAAUGAGUGGGAAAAAGUCUUAGUGUCUUGGAAAGCUGCCCGCCUCAGUUGAAAGAGCUGCCAGUCUUUUGUGCCGGAGGUCGUGAGCUCACUUUGGCAUGGCUGAGUUCAAGCUGUCAAUAAAAUGCUGUUGUGAUUGAAACCUUGUCUGAAGUGAGUUGAUUGCACUGUUGGGUAGUGGCAGUUUAAAACCAUUGACCUUGUUUCCCCCAUCCUCAUAUGCGAUGUAAUUUGUACAUAUAUCAAGAAGAAGACAGAAAAGAACCCAAUUCUUUGUUUGGAAAGAGAUGUAGCAGACAUUCACCCCAGUGUGAUUGACUUAGGCCAUUGUUGGACUGGGAGGGCAUAGAUUACACAUGUACGUGUGGGCUGAUCUCACCUGUCUAGUUCCUUUUUCAUUCAGCCAGCUGUUAAAAGACAGGAAGCUUGCCCUGGUUUCUCUGUAUGGUUGUUUUCUUAUAAUACACCAGUACUGUAGAGGUAUCCAUCAAGAGACACUUGACUGUGUAGUCUUACCUUAGAAACUACAAGUGUUUACACUCAGUCUCAUUUUUUUUUGUAGAUGGGUUAUGAGCCAGGAAAAGGUUUAGGAAAGGAAGGCCAGGGUAUUGUGCUACCAGUAGAGGCUUUCAAGCGUGAAGGGCGCGGAGCUUUGGGAAGUUAUGGUCCAGAAAGAACCAAGAAAGCUCAAGAGGUAAGGAGGGCUUGUGUGCAUAAUAUUAUUACUGUAAUUGUUAUUUUUUGGCCUGUUUUCCAGUCCUGUCAUGACAGCUCUGGUAUUCAUCUUGCUUUAUCAUAAUAGUUUCAUAGAAACUAAAUUUUUUUUUAUUUACAAUAAUAACUGUUUUUAUAUUCUUUCAUUUUCACUCAGUCGUGGCCUCAUUAUGAUGAAGAAGAGGAGGAAGAGGAGAAAUUCAGGGAACAACUUCAGCAGUGGAAAAAGACAGAUGAGGUAAUACUGCCUUGAUGUCUUCAUGGUUAAUUUUGUCUUAUUAAUAUUGGCAAUAUCAAUCAAUUAUUUAAGGUUUUCACAUUUCUCCAGAGUGAAUGAUCUUUCAUGUUCAAGUGGUUUUUCAGUGUAAAAUUGAAAUCGAAUUAACUGUGACAAAGAAAUCGUCUCUUGACUUCCUUUCAUUUUACCCAGUCAGGACAACUGCAGCAGACGUGUUUAAAAAGAAUCUGGUGAAUUUGUGCUAGUAACAAUAGUUAAUAUAUAAAAUGCAAGUAUGCCAAUAAGACCAGCCACAGAGCGAUGAUUUCUAAUUUUUGAAAUCUCUAGAUAUUGAUGUAAUUUUGUGAUUGUUACAGGCAGUUAAGUUACAUUUAAUUUUCAAUCAAAUUAGUGAAGCAAGCCAGAGACCAGAAAUGUUGACUCAAUAUCUAAUUCAAGAACUCAGUUUUGCUGCAAGAAGCUUGUAUAUUUUUUAACACAGACAAAACACCUAAUGUGCAAACUAACAUUAUCUAUAGGCACUGGAAAGGUCAUGUCCUGACUUAAAAAGUUUCGCUCUGGAAGUAAAGGGUUUUUGACACUAGUGACAAAGUCAGUGUUGGAGUGGUAAUCUGAAGCGUAGAGCUUUUGAUCCAGUGGAAACAGUGUUCUGAUUCUGCUUACGGCUCAUCGCUUACGUUCCACUUAUGAUCUAAUGAAACCCAGAUUGGUGGAGUCGGAAGCAUGAGCAGGAGAACUAAACAAAUCACAAAGUGUGGGAACAUGCAUUGUGAUUGGUUUAUCCUUCCGCUUCUGCUUCCGACUCUGACAAUCUGGUUUUCACUAGAUCAUAAGCAGAACAUAAGUGACGGAGUCAGAAGAAAUGGAAACGUUCUGAUUCUUCUGACUCUGUCCAGUUCUGUCAUGCUUACUCCAAUUUUUGAUUUUCACCACGUCAUAAGCGCUCUUACAGCUGCCCUUAUGACUCCAACUCUGCCUCUGUCACAAGUGAAAAUCAGCCUUAAGACAAGCUUGUCAAAAAUUAGUGGCCUAUAAUUGUUGACAGUUUGUUUUUAGCACUCAAAACGUCAGCCGGUCAUAUUUGUGUGUUAAUUUGUGAGGGCAAAAGAUGAUUCAUUGGCUUUGGCUUUAUGAAGCAGCAUCUUCUUGUGCUUCAGGCAUCUCACAGCUUCACUACUCACCCUUUGCACUUGUACCAACCCCCUUACUUUGACGAUAAAUGAGAUGCUGCUUGCAGUUAAAAGAUUAGCUUCAAUCAAUCCAUCAAUCAAUCAAUCAAAGACUUAAUUUAACUUCAAAUUAGUUGAUGGCAAAAUUGCUAAUAUCUCCAAAAUUAUUCAUCAAAAUUAUUAGAAUACGUAAAUACAUAUAUGUACACGUAUAAAUGAAUAAAGACAUAAAAAUCAAAUGAGAAAAAACUGAAUAUUGUGAGUAAAAUAAUUAAUUAAAAACAUGCACGUAUGUAGAAAUAAUUCCAAGAAAUUAAAAUUGCUCACAAAAAGAACAUCAUUCACUAUCCAGUUGAACAGUUUUUAAUGCAGUUUUAAAAAGCGGAAAGAGAAGCAGACACAUAUGUUAUCCGUAAAUGAGUUCCAUAAGUUGCUAGCGUGUUAUCAAAAUGAAUAAAGACCACACUUAGUCGUAUUUACUUAUUAUAAUAAAUAAAGAAGGUGACUUUCUUUGUAGCUAAUUCAUGUCUCAAUGGUUCCUCAUUUUUGAUUCUCAGGGCUACUCAAAGCCAAAAUAUGUUUACAAGACUGCAGAUGAAGUCAAGGUACAGUUUUCAGGGUAUAUUAAGUUCUGGAUGCUAUUCAAUGAUUCCAACUCACUUUAAAAAUUGAAGAAAAUGAUGUGCCUAUUGUAAGUACAUUACCCCCCUUAAAUAAUGUGAGUUUUUUUGCUGUCAGAAAAAUACCAAAAAAAUCUUAUUCUGAGUCAUAUAGGAUAUCUCUUUUGGAAUCAAAAUUCAACUCUUUUGUAUCUUGGUCUUGUUUGCUAAUUGAAGUUCUUUGAAAUUAACUCUUUGUUAUCUUGGUACUCUUGCAUUUGAACCAUUCACUUUGAUUGGGAUAAUCAAAACGUAGGACGAAAACUACUAAACGAUGUUUGCCCACAAUAAUACGGUGCCCCACAAAUGUGUCUAUGUUACAAGUUAAAAUUAAAUUCAGGUUAAGUUUUUUAUCCUAGGUUGAUUCUCUGUUUGCUAGCCCUAAUAUUAGAAUUAGGGCUAGGUAGCCUGCGAGCAAGCUCUCUCGUUUGGAUGAGUGAAGCGAGCCGCGCGAGAACGCUUUCACGUCUCGUCUUGCGUGCCUCUUGCGCGUUUACGUUUCAUGAUAUCCCCCAAAUGGAGAGCUUGUUUGCAGGCGAGGGUUAGGAGACAAAAGAAACUGCGGAUCAACUUAGGUUAAAAAAUUUUAAUCUGGAUUUAAUUUUGACCUGUAACAUCUAUAAGACGUAAACUGCAAAUUAAUUAUUGACAUGUGACAUACUGUAUAAUUAAACCCUCCAGUCAUGGCAUGAUACACGUGUUAAAAACUGUCGUAACAAAUAAUUUUAUUUCUCCAAAAUAGUCAAAAAGUAUGAAUGAAAACUUUUCAAUAUACUGUAAUUAAUAUUUAAAAAAAUAAUAACUUUGUGUAUUUCUGAAUUAAGGGCAAAAUGAUACAAAAUUCAUCAGGCUAUUGAAAUACAUGGAUUAUUUUAUGUCCUCUUUUACUUUAUAUAACUGUGCUUGUAAGAGAGUGCUGUUUGUGUGGCCUUUAAUAACUAAAGUUUUGUUUAUUUGCUUUCAGGCUUCGGGAGGAAGCAAAAAGGGACCAUCCAUAUCUCUGAAACACAGCAAGAUAAAGGUUAUUGUUUUUAAUUAUUUUGAGGCGAUUUUACUAUUGCAUUUUUUUGUACGACUCAAGCAUGUUUUCUGUGAUGUUUUGUUUUAGGUGGUGGACAUGACAGGACCUGAGACUAAAAUCCUGACUGGUUAUGGCUCCCUUGCUCAACAACAUGCCAAACCUGGAGAAGUUCCUCCGACGACAUUAGGUGCAUGAUGACUCCUACACUUUAUAGAGUAAAUAAUUAUUAAUCUACUCGCCUUGGAAAAUAUUGCCAAAAAAACUCUGUUUGAGGCUUGUUGAGUUGUUUUCUGGUCAGUAUCUGGCUGAAAAGAACCAAAACAGCCCAAACGUGUACAGGUUGAGCACUACACUGCAUCUUGUCUCUGAUGCUAAAUUGCAGCUUCUGAAGUUUUUGCAGUUUCAAUGGAAUUUUGUGGUUGACCUAAGAUGAGUUGUAAUUUUGACUGAGUUGUGCUCUUUUUUAGCUGAAUAAUGCUGAUGAAAGCUUGUUAAGCUGUUUUCUGGUCACUCUCUAGCCAAAAAGAACCAAAACAGCUCCAAAACGUUUGCUACCUGUAGUUGAGCACUUCAUUGCCUCAUGUAACUUCCUGAUGCUGAAUUGUAGCUUUUGAAGUUUGAGCUUGUGCAGGAGGCAGAAUUUCUAAGGCUGUGCUCUUAAGAAAUACAUUGUAUUGUAGGGCACCUAGUGCUCUGAACGUGUGAAAUCCAGGGUGCCCAACAUAUGAUUUCUAUAUAAAAAAAACUAGUUUUCUAGUCAUCCGUGAGCAAAAAUUAGGUGCCAGGGCUACCGGGCGCUGCUAAAACACAGCGUGUUGAUUUCAUUGGAAUUUUUAGCAUUUUUCUCUGGCCUGUUUGACUGAGUGGUGUUCAUUUGUAUGUUUGGUUAAAAAGAUCUUUUCCCUGCACAAGUUAAAAGUCAAGGCUGUCAUUGACCAUUAAAACCUAUCAGGUCACAAGUAGUACAAAGAAUGAGCCUGGAUUUGCAUAAGAGGUUCCAUUGUGAAUAGGUUAAUACAUUAAAAAUACAAAUAUCUGAUUUUCACUUUUCUUUCUUUCCUAUUGUAACUGAAAGGUGGGUGAAAAAAUCCCCUGGUGUCUCUCAAUAAAUUAUUGCCUCUUUUUGUAUUCUGGUAACGAUGUGGCUAUUAUUGGUUUCAGUUCGAGAUACAGAGGCAGCAUUUUCCAUGCCUGAACUAACCUACAACUUGAAUCUGCUGAUUGAUAUGGCAGAGACUGACAUUAUUCAAGCAGACAGACAGUAAGUUAUUGUUCAGUUAGUAUUGUUCUAUAGCCGUAAUGUAAGCGUAUGUACAUUAUCCAUAUAUCAGUGGGAUGACAUCUAGACCAUUCACAAUCCCCUAUUUUUCCAUAAGAUCGUCAGGAUUGAGCAACUAAGUACCCUUACGGGUGGCCAUCUUGGCUUCAAAUGAUCCGAGUCCAGCUUGGGGCUGAGUGUUAAAUCUACUUAGGUAGUGGGGGAUGGUACAAACGCCUGUCCCCGCCUGCUCCCCCCUCUGUACAUUUGAAACCAAGAUAGCCACCUUAAACGCAAAGCACAUGAUCUUGAAGAUCAUGAGAAAAUUAAAAUAGAUGACUGUGGACAGUCAAGAUGAGUUCCUGAUUGUUUUACAGACUAAAGUAUGAGCGAGAUCUCGUCGUGAAUCUUAAACAUGAGGAGGAGAAGCUUACAGCAGUGUUGGAGCGGGAAGAAAAGGACAUCAAAAGAUUAAUGGAUGUUAUCAAUAUGAUAGAUAGGUAAAUCAGACUUAUCUGUUAAGCCCUAGUUUCAUGCCUUUGCUUCUCCUCGUUUUGUGCGUGGGUGUCAUCUACUUUUGAUAUCUGUUAGGCCCUGUCCACACAUAUCCUGAUAUUUUGAAAACAGAGAUUCUUUCUGCAUUUCAGUCUUCCAUUCAGACAAAAAAAGGCACCAAAGAUGCGGGUUUUUCAAGAACGGUCCCCAUAGUGGAGAUUUUUGAAAAUGCCAGCUUCUCGUUUACGUGUGAAAGGAUGAAAACAGAGGUUUUGAAUACGAUGAUGUCAUACAUCAUUACUACUGGCAUAACGCAUGCUCUUUUGCUCUGUUCCAAGUGUUUUCUUAUGUACAGGCCAAAACAAGAAAGAGUUUAAGCUUCACUUACACGGCAAAAGGCAGACGUCAGAUUCAAGUUCAGAAUUUCUCAAAAUAGAAAAUGAGCAGAUAAAAACAGCUCAAAACAAUUCUUAUGGAUAAAAAAAUGCGUGAAACUACUAAUUUAGGUGUAGAAAUAAUGAACAGUAAACGACAAGUAAAGAGGAACCUUGGUCACGUGGUACAAAUUCGCGUUUGACGUAAAAGUGAUGCUUAACCUCUCUAAUGCAAAUACGCUACAUGUGGACAUGUAUUCUUUUGAAAACAGAGAAGAAAAUCUCCAUUUCAAAAAUAUUUGGAUUGUGUGGACAGAACCUUAGUUUCUUACUUCAGCCCUUCCCUCACACAGUGCUGAUUUUGGAAGAUCAAUGAUCAAUGCUUGCAUUACAGAUCUUUGUGAAUCCUUCAUGUACAAUGUAGCCCUGGUGCCUAUUAAAAUCCAUAGUAAAUUUAUUAUUAUGUCGUGCAUGUGUUGGAAGUUAUAAUCAUGCCGGUGUGAUGGUACUGGGUGAUUGAGGGGGGAGGCGAGGGGGAUUGGGUGCCAUGGUCAUCGGCUUCGAAGGCCCUUUAUACCUAGCUAGUAACCAAGGCUUUAUCACAUUGAUAGGCACCAGUUUCCAAGCCAUCAAUGAGAUAGUUUAGAUUAGAGUAUGUAGAUGUUUAAUUAACCCUUUGUUCGUUGUAACCUUUGUUAUCUGACUAUCUGACAGGUGUCGACAACAGUCAUUGUCACCAGAUGAUGAUACUCUCACACUUGACAAGUGUGAAGAAAUUUUUAAUACUUUGCAAGAAGAUUAUUAUGAGGAAUUUAAGGUAAUACUAUCUUUUUGCUUUGGUAUACCAAACAUUAGUAUUCUGAUAGCCUUACACAAUGCUCAGGAUUCGCCUUGUUUUUUUUGUUCAGCAUAACUUAUUAUGUCUUAUUUUAACAGAUGUACGACUUGGCAUCCCUUGCUGAACCGCUUGUUUUCUCUUUGGUAAGACGCAAAUCUGAGAUUAUUUACACCUUUUAUGUAACAUUAGAUGAACUGGCGAUUCCUAUUCACGUCAAGUAUUUUUUGGCUAGAAACAAAAUUUGUCACACAACUUGUUACUCCCAUGACCUGAUACAUGAAUGUCAGCCAAUAAAACUGAAGAUUUUGCUAGAUGAUGGUAGUAGAAGAAUUACUUAUAAUAGUAGAUUCACUGAUCAACCAUUUCAUGCUCUCAGCCUGUAGUAUGAAGACAUUUAACCGCGGUAGGACAUGCUGAGUUGUUAGAGCGCUUGACUGCUGAGAGGGAGGUCGCGGGUUCGAUUACUGGGAUGGGAUCAAUAUUCAGGGAUCUUGAUAAAACGGAGAAAUGAAGGCAAGACUUUUACCUGGCUCACGUGAAAAAUAGUACUUUGGUGCUAAAUACAUGGACAGGUGCUUUUUUACUUUAAUGGUUUCACAUGGUACCAUUGGUUUGUUUUGAUGUUAAGUCAUUGAGCGGUACCCUUUCCAUUCAGUCAAGUCAAGGCGCAUCAGUUCCUGCCUGAGGGAUCGCUAACAAUCUAUUUGAUAUUCCACACAAGGAGUUAUUGCAGUCCACCAAGCUGUGUUUAUUUAUUUAUCAGGAGAGUAGCGUCCAUAUACGCACAUACGUUCGUGCGUACAGCUGAAAUCUUGUAUUCCUGAAUUCAUUGAUAUCAUUAAAUCGGGAUGACUNGAUCGCUAACAAUCUAUUUGAUAUUCCACACAAGGCGUUAUUGCAGUCCACCAAGCUGUGUUUAUUUAUUUAUCAGGAGAGUAGCGUCCAUAUACGCACAUACGUUCGUGCGUACAGCUGAAAUCUUGUAUUCCUGAAUUCAUUGAUAUCAUUAAAUCGGGAUGACUAAUAACUUUAAGCCCCAUUUAGGUAAUUAACUGGUUGACUGACUGACUUGGUUUGAUUUGACCUGCAGCUGAGGAAACAUUUCGAAGGGUGGCAACCUCUUGCUGAUCCAUCUCAUGGUUUUGAAGUCAUGAUUCGAUGGCGAGAAAUACUGGAAAAGAAAGAAGCAGAAAACUCCGCUUUCACUCUGACGCUAGCACAAGGACUGAGUCAUGGUGAAGAGAAGUAUGUACUCAGUAACCUGUUCUAUGAGCAUCCAAAAAAAACCUUUUGCUACAAGAAUAGAGACCAAUUAAGGCUGUGCUCUAUCCCUUUUUUGAAGUGGAACUUUAAUACAGGGGAACCUUGAUAUAACGAACCUCUACAUAACGAAAUCCUCGGUAAAGCAAACGAUUUUCUUAACCCCAGUAGUUGUUAAACAUGUGGAAAGAACCUUGAUAUAACGAAACUUCGGUAUAGCGAAAAAAUUUUGCCAUUCCCUUGGCCCUUCGUUGUAUCGAGGCUCCACUGUAGAUGAAGUGGAAUACAUUAGCACUGAUGAUGUCAUAACCUUUUUCUCUUGAAUAAAAUGCGGGGGAAUCUCAUUAACAUAAGGUCAUGUACUAUUUGGACACUUUUCUUGAAGAUUUUGACGAAUUUGAAGUUGUAUUUCUUGUUUUUAAGGAUGAAGAUGUAUGACCGACUCGUGUGGGAAGUGUGGAUGCCAUUCCUUCGCUCUGCUAUAUGGUAUGUUAUGUAUCUACAUUAGUUACCAUACUUUUGAUAUUCAGUUGUCUGUUGAAGGCCAGCAUAAAUAUCUACAUUUCACUGCUUAUGAAACUAAGAGAAAGGUAUCUAAAUCUAAGGCUAAUACUGUGCAAAUCUCCCACAUGGGAUAAUUAUGCAGAGAGAACAGUUAGCGGUUAUUUAGUCAUAGCAUAUCAUAAGUAAGCUGAGCGUGAUCGUCCGGGUGAACGUAGUCCUGAAUAGGACUGUUGUUGACAGUGACUGACUUUUCGACAACCUGUGCGGUAGUCAUUUUCAGAGUCAAAGUGAGUUGUAUCACGUCAGUUGAUGGUAUUAAACGCUGGUUAUUAACCUGAUUAGACCUGAUUAAUCGCGAUUUAGCAGUUUUCGUCUGCAUAUUUCAUAUUGUAAUGCAUAUUAUAUGUUGUAUUUAGUUCAUGGAAUUGUCGAGAUUAUGACCCAAUGGUUAGCCUUUUAAAUGUGUGGACCCCAGUCUUCCCUCAGUGGAUCACGGACAACAUCAGAGAUCAGCUGAUUAUACCGCGACUACAGGUCAGAUAGAGACUGAUAUUAGUGGAGUUCUCGCGCGCGGCGGCGCACCUUGGGCAAGAAAAUUUGGUUUUCUGUGCUUCCACGAAAUUUUGGUCGUAGAAAACCGUCCGUACGUACUGCGACCGCGAUUUCUUGUAUUGGAAACAUUAUCACUUGUUUGCCUUCUGGGAAACCACGUGACAUUGCUUUUAUCCCAUCAGUCCUUAAGCGCGUGCAAAGAUGGCGGAUAUCGUGAAUACGGUCUAUUGAUGCCCAAUAUGUCAAGGGUAUAAAGUUUAAUUUGGAAGAUUGUGAAGGGUACAUAUAAAGUGAUGUGUCGCAUAGCACCGUUAAACAAAUGAGGAAAAAGAAGAAUUCAAUUGACCACUCCAGAAAAUACCGUAACAUAUAAGCAUUGUCUUCAGUUUCUCUUGGGAGUUAAAAUGGCCCCUAGAGAAACUGAAAACAAUGCUUAUGCAAAAGUUGGGGGUUACAAACAAAGAGCAUUAUGGUAUGUUAUGGUAUUUUCUGGGAGAGGUCAAUUGCUUCUUAUAACCACAAACCCCACUGAGCGAUGGAGUUAGGGGGCCACAGAGGCAAGUAUAAAACCUUUUGUCCUCGUUGAGUUUAUUCUGAUAUCCUUAAUACGAUAUCAAUGCGAUGGACGUCAAUUGUAUUGAUAUCAACAGAGAAAGGGACACAGCGUGAUGGCUCAGCUGUUGUGGUAGUGUGGAGCUGGGGGAAAUGUCGAAAGAUUUCAUAUGUUAUGUGAGACGAAAUAGAAGCCUUUAGAGCUGGCUUUUUGAAAUGAAAGCUCGUUACGUUGAUCUCGGCUGCCAUUUUUUUAAGCCCGUGUUCCUCUCCCUUGGAAUCAGUUUUGGGACUCGCUCCAACUCUCUGUCAGUUUCAACUUCCAAGAUGGCGGGAUUGCAUUAGUCUUAAGAAUAGAAUCAUCGCUUGCACGUCAAAAUACGCCUGCUUUGCACGCUAACGAAGUAACUGACCUAUUGCCCUAAAAUCUUCGAAAAUAAACAAAAUUACCACUAGCUCGAAGGAUAAAAUCUGCUAUUUAUGAAGAAUAUUUGCUGGAAUAAACAUCCCUUCAUAUUCUGGAACGACCGAAGAACAGGCAAAUGUUUUGAGGACGAAAACUUUUUAAAGCGGUAAGAAUUAGCAACCUAGUUUCCAGGGUCUUUUGGUUUUCUAAUAUGGCGGCGACAGGCCAAGAGAAGACCCUGGGAACGAGGUUGACAUUUUAGCUGGGAAAAAGUUCGAAUGUCUUGAAUAAUAAAGCAAUUAUUGGAUUUAGCUAAACAACGCGUUAUUACGAACGCAAGGGAAAAGUCUGCCAUGGUUGCAAAACCCUUGUUUGUUUUUUAUGUUGUGUUGUGUUCAGGCGGAAGUAGAUUUGUGGGAUCCAUUAACAGACACUGUCCCAGUACAUGCUUGGAUUCAUCCAUGGCUUCCUCUAAUAGGUGAGGUUAUUAUUAUGAAUUGUGUAGAGUGCAGUGAUCCCUCAAGAAAGUAGCUGUAGUAAGUCCUUUUGCGUUGCGCAUGCGCGGAAAAUUUUGAAACUUACCACAAGUGAAAGAACUUUACAGGGGACAAAGUAAACUUCUAACAAUAGUUUACCCAGACGGGUAAUGAAUAAUUUACGGUUGUAAAGAGUGUCCGCGAUAGGUUACUUUUCAAUGCAGUGAAACUUGGGCCUAGUAUAGGCGUGCGUAUGGAUAUAUGAGUAGAACGCGAUCUUAGUGGACAUCAAGGAAUCGAAAGCAACUCACAAAAGCUGUUGUAGUGUUUCCCUUGUGCGGUUCAUUAGUUUAGUAAUUUUUUUGGGGAAAUCAAUCGAUAAAUAAAACGGUUGAAGUUUUUAAGUUCUGCUAUGUACCGGUCUUUCUCUGGACCCUUAUUUGAGCGUAAUGAAAAUUCUUCUCCAUUUUUAGGUGAACAUCUUGAGCCCCUGUACCAACCAAUCAGAUUCAAGCUAGCCUCUGCACUCACUAACUGGCACCCCUCUGAUCCCUCAGCAAAGAUGAUCCUAGAACCGUGGACCAAGGUACUUUUCGCGUUUUUAAGUCUCAUCCCGUCACGGAGCCUUUCUUUCGCUUGCUCGAUUAUAGCUGCCUCGUCCCCAGUGGCUCGUGAUCGCUUUUUUUUGGGGNGCUUCAAAACUUACAUGGCCUCACAAGUCACAUGAAUGUGCCCUUAAGUUAACCGAUUUGUGGAUUAAAAGUUUAUUGUUUGAUUUGAAUUAUAAACUUAUUGAUUGGAGCUUCGCUUUUAGCCCUGGAUAAAUCUAUAUAUUAAGUCACUGCCAGUGGGCGCUUUUUUUUUUGGGGGGGGGGGGUGGUGGGGGGAAGGGAGUUUCAGCAAAGACGUUUUUGAGGGAUGCACGUUAACCGGAAGUGAGUCAUUUUCGCUUUCCAUAUGACGUGACGCUACCAAAUUUGUACUUCUAAGUGUGUUUUCUCUCAUAGAGACAAUUUGCCCUAAAAUUUGCUCAAAAGCACGCCCCAAGAUUGCAAACCCUCCACUUCCGGUUGACGUGUAUCGCUUAAAAACGUGGUUGUUAAGACCACCUAAUUAUUAAGGAAAGCGGGGUGUUCCCAUUACCCCGCUCUCCUUUGUCUCCCGCUCCCGCGCCGCUAGCUUGUUUCGUGAAUCCCACAAGCUUUGGGAAAGCCUAUGGUUGAGGCAGCGAUUUUGGCGUACUCGCGAAGGUCUCUGUAUGAGUCAAGCACGUUCUUUGUUGAGCGUGCGCGGUAUGUUGCUAGGAUGUAGUUUCGAACUAUUAUGCAAAAUCUCAGUAAACAGUUGUUCGCCUGUGUUAUUUCAUGAAAGCUCUUUUCCAUAGUUUUAUCACUGCACUUUUGUGAACAGGUUUUCUCCAAAGGAACCAUGGACGCAUUCAUUCUUCGCUCAAUUUAUCCUAAACUGUCCCAGUGCCUUGCUGAGUUCAUCAUCAAUCCUCAUCAACAACACUUAGGUAUGAAACCACAAAAUAUCAAUUCUCCUUGCUGAGUUUCACUUGUCGUUCACCAGUGCGGUAUGGUGUACUUAUAAAGCGGCUCUGUCACGGUUGCCCAGUUUAUUUUGUUUUCUAAUGCCAUUUACGAGUCCUUGUUCUCUAUAAAACUUGAUAAAUUACCUGUGAAUGACAAAAUCACAUCUUUUGUGUCAAACAAAGAAUGUCUCCAAAGCAUCAUAUCAAUCGUUACAACAACAAUAAUGAACUUUGAAAAACUGUUGGGCUAAAAAAAACCACAGAUUCAAUCCGUUUCAAUCUUCUUCAAGUUUGUCCAUCAGUGCCUCCUUUAUAUUUGCCGUGUCGUUUAUACCUUCUUCUAAUUUUUUUGAGCCGUUAUUUAAUGUUUCACUCAGUUUGGUGGCAGUUUCCUCUCUUAGAACUAUGAUGAAUUUCGUGGCCCAGCUAUGGUAAUCAUGAUUCUCAGCACGUGUAGCCGGUUUAACCCUUUGAGUCCCAAUAGUGACCAACAACAAUUUUCUCCUAACAAUAUCCAUACACUGUCAAGAGACAAAGUUAUGAGAAUUAAUAAAAUGAUCACCUUAGGGAAAAUGCUUUGAUCUUUUAUCAAAUUCUCUCAACUAAUUCUUAAAGGAAAUGUAUGGAGAUCAGUUUGGAGAAUUUGUAUUUGGAUAUUGGGGCUUAAAGGGUUAAUAUCAUUUUUAUAUCAUAAGGAGAAAUCGUAGAUUGAUCCGUGUUGUGCUCGCUUGUUUUGCAGAACCUUUUCACUGGGUCAUGGAGUGGAAAGAUAUUAUAACACAGCAACAUUUCGUCAGUUUGUUGGAGAAACACUUCUUUUCGCGAUGGAUUCAGGUUUGUUUUUUGAUUAUGAUGCUGAAGUUGGUGAAUGGUGAAGGAAAAUGCCUUACUAAUCUUAUUUUUUUAUUUUGUCAGGUUCUGCGAGGUUGGCUGAGUGUCAGUCCUAAUUAUGAUGAAGUUAUCCAAUGGUAAAUGAAUUUCUUCCAUCAGUUUUACAUCUUAGAAAUUGAGAUCAAGAAUUGACAAUCGUAGACACGUGGCUAUGGCCUUGGUUGAUUGACCGUUUUCCGGGAAUAAAAAUAAACUAAAAAAUCACUCAUUUUGACGUUGAUUGGCUUUGUAAUAGCUAGAAAUCUGCUUUAAUUAAAAUAUCCCAAUUUUUUUCACAGCAUUUAAAUGGCUCAAAAAUCACGGUACAAGAGCUUUGCAACAAAACUUUUGCAUAUUCUUAUUCCGGAAUAUGAUCAAUCGAACGCACCUCAAGGCUCACUUCUUGAAUUUUUACUUUCUUGUAGUUUGAGUUAAGUCUAUUUCUGUCAAAUCCUUUCCCUUAAUUUCGUUCUCAAGUUUUUCUUUUUCAUCCGACGUAAAGACGAAAAACUGUUGAAGGAUCCAGGGAAUAAGGUCUGCGUCGUCGCGCCCACGACCUCUGCGCAUGCUCUCCUUCGCGUGAACGAUUUCUUGGUGCAUGCCUCAGCACACAAAAUGACAAUGAUUGUCGCUUCUAAGUCUUAACUUUGUGUUCUCUUAUUUUGUGUUCAAGGUAUUCUGGCUGGAAGGGCAUGUUUAGUGAAGACCUACUCAAUAAUCCAAGCGUCAAAGGUUGGUCUUUGUUCGAACAUCUUAUGUGUGCAUUAUCACACCUUAAGUUUUAGGGUGCUUUCCAAAAGUCAGAACUGGUCGGCCGGACCAUUGCCGGACCAGUCAUUUUGACAAUGAAAUAGGAUUUUUCCAAGAGUGUUUUUUAUGGACGCCCAUCUCCUUUGUGCAUACCACUUAAAAUUUAAUUGAUCUGACUGGACUGAUAGUUUUGAUUAAAAGUAAGAUUCUCAAUGCGACAGGAAUUGUCUGGCCAGUCAGUUCUGACAAAUGGAAAGCGCCCUUAGUUUUGAGUGGACUAUAAUCUUUAUUUUUCGUUCCAUGAGCGAUUUAGUUGAAAACAUUAGUCCUUUUGAUUUCCAGUGCACUUCAACCGAGCGCUUGACGUCAUGAACCAGGCUGUGACGUCACCAGGUGGUAUUCUUCAGCCAGGAGCCAAGGAGAAUAUUGCUUAUCUUACCAGCACUGAGAGAAGGUGAGUGGAUGAGUUUCAACUUUAGUUAUUAGCGAAACAUUGUGUAUCUGUAUUUGCUUUUGAUCCACAUUUCCUCGCUUUGCAAAACUGGCACUCUUUUUCUUUGUCAUAAAAUAUAAUUGAUCGACGGAAUUUGAUAAGAAUUUUCUGUGGGAACGCACUUUAUCGCGCUUGGCCUUGUUAGUAUAGCUGUUAGAUAUGAUUAGUUUAUUAAAUUAUCUCUUCUUUCGAUGACGCGCGUGAAUGCGUUGGUUUUAAUUUUACACCACUCCGAUGCACCCCUAAAAAAAUCCCAAAAUACAAAGGAUUCACGAAUUGUUCAUUGGACCGGAUGUGUUGGGUUUCUUCUUUAUGAUAUAUAAUGAUUUAAGCCUAAGUCAAAACAUUGAAAGGAUCAAUUUGUGAAGAGAGGUGACGGCUCUCUAUUUUAACUCCCUUAUUCAUGAGAGCGCAACCAAGAAAAAGUGUAACGUCAGUUUUCUUGAACUUAAUUCUAAUAAAAAACGCCUUGAAUAACUUCUGAAUGAUGAGUAUUUCGAUUAGAAGAAAACCGGUGUCAACUCGGGGGGCAAAUGUCCCAUCCAUGAAGUGUAAAAGUGUAAUAGUUAAAAAAAANUCUUUUUCUUUGUCAUAAAAUAUAAUUGAUCGACGGAAUUUGAUAAGAAUUUUCUGUGGGAACGCACUUUAUCGCGCUUGGCCUUGUUAGUAUAGCUGUUAGAUAUGAUUAGUUUAUUAAAUUAUCUCUUCUUUCGAUGACGCGCGUGAAUGCGUUGGUUUUAAUUUUACACCACUCCGAUGCACCCCUAAAAAAAUCCCAAAAUACAAAGGAUUCACGAAUUGUUCAUUGGACCGGAUGUGUUGGGUUUCUUCUUUAUGAUAUAUAAUGAUUUAAGCCUAAGUCAAAACAUUGAAAGGAUCAAUUUGUGAAGAGAGGUGACGGCUCUCUAUUUUAACUCCCUUAUUCAUGAGAGCGCAACCAAGAAAAAGUGUAACGUCAGUUUUCUUGAACUUAAUUCUAAUAAAAAACGCCUUGAAUAACUUCUGAAUGAUGAGUAUUUCGAUUAGAAGAAAACCGGUGUCAACUCGGGGGGCAAAUGUCCCAUCCAUGAAGUGUAAAAGUGUAAUAGUUAAAAAAAAAAACGCUUAAAAAGCUACAGUCAAACACCGCUUUAGGGACACCCGCUUGAAACAGACACUUCAUUUUGCUUUGUCCCUGGUGAAAGAAAGCCCCCUUUUCCUUAAAUUCAACCCGCUUGAUACCGGGACACCCCGUUAAUACGGAGACUUUCCAUGGCCCCCUCAGUGUUGCGUGUUAACGUGGUUCGACUGUAUUGAGUAUUUUUAUAGAUCAUUCCUAUGAAUUCUCGCUAUGUAGUAAUUCAGAAGUUUCCAGAACCUACAAAGCUUUCUACUUUGACUGACUCAUUUUUGAUAGUCCUGUGACAAAGUGAUAAUAAGUGAUAAUGGCUACGUUCUUUGGACGCAGAAUUUUGGUAAGCAAUUCACUGUGCACCUGUGGCGGCGCCUAUUCUCUUUCGUAAACAAAGCGUUAGUCCUGUAAUGACCUCGUAGAACUCGCAUGUUGUUGGACUUGUGACUCACUGUAUAUAUCACUAUAUUGUUGAUUAUUUUUCAUUUCAGAAGAGAAGCAGAAGCAGCGGCCAUAGCCGCAGCAGCUGAAAAACAAAAGGUACCAGCUUGGAGUUUUAUUCAGUUUACCAGUUUAACUUUAACUUACAUGUUCAGGCCUUACAUGUUCCUGAUCGCCCACAUGUUACCUGGGCAUAAAAUCAUAGCGUAGUCUUUCAUCAUAAUUAGUUUGUGUUACUUUUUCUGACAAUUUCUUUUUCUUUCUAUUUAAUACUUUGUACGUUAUUUCUAACAAAGUGGACUACAACUGUAGUUGGUAUGGUUCUUCUGUUCCUUACUCAGUCCUUCCCCACUGCUCUCUAGCCUCGUGUCUGAUUUUAAUGACUUGUAUGCAGUUAAAAUGGUUACGUUAAAUUGCAUGUACCUUCAUCAGAGCUUUACUAGUUCUUGUUCUUAAAUUUUCCCUCCAGGCCGAGGCAGCUCGAAAUGUGGCCUCUCAGAACGUUCCCUCAAAUUUUAAAGACCUGAUACAGACGUUGGUAAGUGUCCGACACACAGACAUCCUGUUGUUAAUUUGUAAACAAUUUUUAAAAGAACUGCCUGCAUUUUGGAUUUCCUUAUGUAAUAUUUGUAGGUGGUACUGAAAUUAUAUUUUUGCUGAAAUGGAAAACAGCAAGAUUACUCUUGUCUGUUAACGUUGUAACCAUUUUGACAAUUCCAAAAAUCUUGUUGUUCCGACGGCAGCACAGCCUUAAUUAUUCUGUGGCUUAGAGACCUCGACAUUAAUUGCAAAAAACAAAAAACAAAAACAAACAGAAGAUUGGAUGGACCCUAGACAGACCUUCUACGCGGAGGACGAACCAUUGGUCAAAGCAUGCGUUUUUAAAAAUCGUGAACUGCGAUUGUGGCCUUUGCUCGUCCAUUUGUUGUUGUUGUUGUUUUUAAUUUUUUUUUAAAUUUUCUUUUUCUUACUUUCCACAAGAAAACUAACUUUUCGUUGUCGUUUGUUUUUCAUAGGCUGAAGACAACAAUCUUUUAUUCAUGCCAAUCCCUAACAGGCGCUUUGAAGGAAAAGCUUUGUAUUCUUUGGGGAAAGUGACUUUGUACAUC